AUGCCUCAAUACGACCAGUAUACUGGCUUCCAGGUGAAGUCGCCAGACACCUGGAAGGAAGUCCACAAGAACAGCUUCGACGUGAAGCCGUUCGGUGAUUACGACGUAGAGAUUAAGAUUGAGGCCUGCGGUGUUUGCAGCAGUGAUAUUCAUACGGUCACGGGAGGUUGGGGUGAUCAACACUUUCCCCUCGCCGUCGGCCAUGAGAUUGUCGGAAAGGCCCUGCGUGUCGGCCCCAAGGUCACUCUCAUCAAAGAAGGUCAGCGCGUUGGUGUGGGCGCUCAGUCUUACUCGUGCUUGAAUUGCCGUCAAUGCAAGAACGACAACGAGACCUACUGCCCUGAUCAGAAGGAUACAUACGGUGCUGUAUGGCCGGACACUGGCAUUGUUACCCAAGGUGGAUAUUCCUCCCAUGUUCGGACGCACGAGCACUGGGUCUUCCCCAUCCCAGACCCGAUCCCGAGCGAACUUGCGGCGCCCAUGCUCUGCGCCGGUAUCACCAUGUACAGCCCGCUGGUGCGUAAUGGCGCCGGCCCAGGCAAGAAGGUUGCCAUCGUGGGAUUGGGAGGUCUAGGACACUUUGGCGUGCUGUUCGCAAAGGCUCUGGGCGCUGAGACCUGGGUUAUCUCCCGCACACACAGCAAGGAGGAAGAUGCCAAGAAGAUGGGCGCUGAUGGUUUCCUUGCUACCGCGGAUAAGAACUGGAAUGAGCCGCACAAGAUGACAUUUGACCUUAUUGUCUCCACAGCCAACGCAUUUGGCAGUGAGUUCGACCUGAGCGGCUAUCUCUCCCUCCUGGACGUUCACGGCAAAUGGGUUUCCGUCGGUCUGCCCGAGAACGAGACCCUGCAGAUCAAGCCCCAGGACCUUAUCUCCAACGGCUGCCUGAUCGGCUCGUCGCAUCUCGGCAGCCGAAGAGAAAUGUUGGAGAUGUUGAAGUUGGCCGCCGACAAGGGCAUCAAGUCCUGGGUUGAGACGGUACCUAUCAACGCUGAGAACCUGUCGAAAACGUGGCAGAGGCUGCACAAGAACGACGUCAAGUACCGUUUCACCAUGGUGGAUUAUGACAAGGAGUUUGGAGCUUAG